AAAAAAAAAAAAAAAAAAAAAAAAACAGGAAUAUCCAGUGAGGCGCAAAAGAUCGGGUGGAUCAACCGACCAUGAGACUCAGUCUCUGACCAUCAAUACAUGACAAUAGGAACAGUGGUUCGGUACAAUGAAACAUCCUGACGGGGACUCCAGCCCAUCAAACUCGAGAGAGAGAAAGCAUAGGGAAUAAACGAGGGCCAAGCAAACAAGAAGGAGGGAGGAGGGGUUGAGAGGGAGAGGGGAGUGUGUAGGCCGGAAACAGUUGAUAGUGGUUCGCAGGAUGCCGGAGUCGACUUAUAAGAAUGAUAAUAAGUAUAGUAAGAAUACUAAUAAUCACUCCAUCAAAUAUAAGGAGAGUGAGUUCGAAGGGAUAAUAGGCGAACUGGUUCUUCACCGACGGGGAACUUCCACUCUUUUGGGCGAAAAAAAUGAAAAACGAGAGAUACACCACAGACGAUCGGUGGAGAGAAUCGGGCCCUUUACCCUUUCCCUUCGGGAAGAACACGAAGGACCAGAAAGGUAAAAAGAAGAGAGGAUGGAGAGGAGACGAUUGACUAGGGCAAACAAAUUGAUCCUAGUGACUAGUCUCAUAGCCUAGUCCCCUAGUCCACUUGUAAUCGGC